AUGGAUGUAGUCGGUCAAGGAUGUCCCACACCGGGGCCCAGCCCUGGCUUUCUGAUGCCGCCUCCAGCCUGGAAUGAUUUUGGACCUCUGGGCGUACGUUGUGUUCCGGGAGACCAGCAUCCUAACUUCAGAGAGGCGGCAAGAGUAGUCUGCGACUACGAUUCGGACAUAUUCGAGCGACUGGAGUAUCUGGCUUUGGCCAACUUGCCGAUCCGGCUCGAGCUGUCACCAGGACAAUUCCUCAACGUUUGCUUCUCUCAGAGUAUCUGGUCGAGAUUACGCGAACAGCGAGGAGAGACCCUUGAUCCUGGCAACGAUGGCGAUCAAGACAUGUCAGGCAGCGAGAGUGUAUCUGCACGAUGUGUACAGAGUCGUUCUGGUCUGUUAGCGCGCCUUCAUCCUCUGCAGUCGCCGACUUUGAUGUUACCAGACCCCAGCAGGUCGCCAACUUCUGCUAGUUCGGACAACGCAGAGGCUUCCUCGAGAGGUCGAAGUCCGUCAGUCGCAAGCCAAGGCUCGGACAUGAAUAGCAUACCGCGCACGCGACGAGCCAAGUCCUUCACGGGAAGAGUCUAUCGAUGCCCCGUCCCUGAACGCGAUUGCAAGCACGCGGCUUUUAGCCGGCUGCAGAACUGUAAGAACCAUGUUGUACGUGAGCACUCUUGGUUCAUCGAAAACCAUCCUCACUGGGAAAUGCAAAUUCAAAAUCAUUCCGAUGCUCAACGUCGAGGGCCAACGUCUCCUCUGAGCGCUCCACAUACUCCGGCACAGGAGUAUCUUAGCGGGCAUGCUGCUGCUGGACCGUCCUUCGCUUCGAGCGCAGUCGGGCUUCCCGCCGAAUUCAUUGUGCAUGGCAUCCCACGAUUGCAGAUUGACGAUACUCAUGUGAUUAGUGAACAACGAAAUACUCGAGGGAGGCUCCGCUCGAGAUCGGAGGCAACGCCUCAGCAGAGGAUAGCUGCUGUGUCUCAGCCUCCUGGAGACAAGUACGGCCUGGCAGAGACGUAUGGUGCGUUGCAGCACGUCUGGGAUAAGGAGUUCGAGAACUUCGUGAAUUGGAAUGGCUUUCAAGGUGGAUAA